GGCGCCCGAUUUAAGGGGAGUCGCGGGGCGCGGCCGCUGCGGCGGCGAGUGCGGGAGCAGGCGGCGAAGGCGGGAUCAGCAGCGGGAUCGGACACCGGCACCAUGCGUGAGAUCGUGCACAUCCAGGCCGGGCAGUGCGGCAACCAGAUCGGCGCCAAGUUCUGGGAGGUCAUCAGCGAUGAGCACGGCAUCGACCCCACGGGCAGCUACCACGGGGACAGCGACCUGCAGCUGGAGAGGAUCAACGUCUACUACAAUGAAGCUGCUGGUAACAAGUAUGUCCCCCGUGCCAUCCUGGUGGACCUGGAGCCCGGCACGAUGGACUCUGUGCGCUCCGGCCCCUUUGGACAGAUCUUCCGGCCCGACAACUUUGUCUUUGGUCAGAGUGGGGCUGGCAACAACUGGGCUAAGGGCCACUACACGGAAGGUGCGGAGCUGGUGGAUUCUGUCCUGGAUGUGGUGAGGAAGGAGUCGGAGAGCUGCGACUGCCUCCAGGGCUUCCAGUUGACCCACUCGUUGGGUGGUGGCACGGGCUCUGGGAUGGGCACCCUCCUCAUCAGCAAGAUCCGGGAGGAGUACCCCGACCGCAUCAUGAACACCUUCAGCGUCAUGCCCUCCCCCAAGGUGUCGGACACGGUGGUGGAGCCCUACAAUGCCACCCUCUCUGUGCACCAGCUGGUGGAGAACACGGAUGAGACCUACUGCAUUGACAACGAGGCCCUGUAUGACAUUUGCUUCCGCACCCUGAAGCUGACCACUCCCACGUACGGGGACCUCAACCACCUGGUGUCGGCCACCAUGAGCGGCGUGACCACCUGCCUUCGCUUCCCUGGCCAGCUGAACGCCGACCUGCGCAAGCUGGCGGUCAACAUGGUGCCUUUCCCCCGGCUGCACUUCUUCAUGCCAGGCUUUGCCCCUCUCACCAGCCGUGGCAGCCAGCAGUACCGAGCCCUGACGGUGCCCGAGCUGACCCAGCAGAUGUUCGACUCCAAGAACAUGAUGGCGGCCUGCGACCCCCGCCACGGUCGCUACCUGACAGUGGCCGCCAUCUUCCGGGGCCGCAUGUCCAUGAAGGAGGUGGACGAGCAGAUGCUCAACGUGCAGAACAAGAACAGCAGCUACUUUGUGGAGUGGAUCCCCAACAAUGUGAAGACGGCCGUCUGCGACAUCCCCCCACGUGGCCUCAAGAUGUCCGCCACCUUCAUUGGCAACAGCACGGCUAUUCAGGAGCUCUUCAAGAGGAUCUCGGAGCAGUUCACGGCCAUGUUCCGGCGCAAGGCCUUCUUGCACUGGUACACUGGCGAGGGCAUGGAUGAAAUGGAGUUCACGGAGGCUGAGAGCAACAUGAACGACCUGGUCUCUGAAUACCAGCAAUACCAGGAUGCCACUGCUGAUGAGCAGGGGGAAUUCGAAGAGGAAGGAGAGGAGGAUGAGGCUUAAUUCCCCUGGUAUCAAAGGAACUUCUGUAAAGCAGGCAUGUGUACUGAAUGACUUCUCAUAGUGGUGGUGAAGCAUGUUCUCUAGAAGCUGUGUACCCAAUUAUCCUCUCAGCACUUGUAACUUUGACAGAUUUCUCAAUGUAACAGUUCUGAAUCCCAGUUAUUACAAUGUUUUUUGUCCUUUAAUGUUAAGAGCACAUAAAGGCAUGUAUUCUA